GUCAACAAGACAAGAAGCCGCCCCCCUCAAUAACGGCUACUUCACUGCUUCCCAUUGAAUCCUGUCGUAUAAUCGAAUCCAACGGUCCCAUUUUCCCCAAUAGGAGCCAAAAAAGCACAACGUUCAGUUUAGUCACAUACCGUUUUAUAUACCUCCCUCGAGACUCUUGCCAUCUCCACUCACUUCAAAUAAUCAAAAAGAAGAAGAAGAACAGCAGCGACUGACUAACAUUCAGAGGGUUCAAUCAAGAUGUUGCAGCAUAUGCACAGCGUUCUUCUUCUUCUUGUUUUUGCUUUCUGUAUUUCAAACUCUAAUUUUACAGUAAAUGGGGACAAUGCGCCUGCGCCAUCGCCCACAUCCUCAUCAAUUCCAAAAUCACCCUCUAGUUCUUCUCCUUCUCCGUCCACAACUUCACCCCCAUCGUCCCCUUCAAAAUCACCGGCUACAUCUCCAUCCACUUCCCCACCAACUCUUCCCGUCUCCCCUUCAAAAUCUCCGGCCACAUCCCCAUCCCCAUCCACUUCCCUACCAACUAUUCCCGUCUCCCCUUCAAAAUCUCCGGCCACAUCCCCAUCCCCAUCCACUUCCCUACCAACUAUUCCCGUCUCCCCUUCAAAAUCUCCGGCUACAUCUCGAUCUUCAUCCACUUCCCCACCAAGUCCUACCGUCUCCCCUCCAACGCCCUCGCCAAAUGCCGCUGCCCCAUCUGGCUCUCCUCCGGUUUCAUCACCAGCGGUUUCCACUCCGGUGACUGCUCCUACAUUGGCACCACUUGGGGCUCCGCCAAUGUCGACAGAGGGUCCGGUUACUGCAGCGACUCCGGAGGCAUCGGCAAGCAUUCCAUCAAGUUCUGCGACGCCAGCGGAGGCCCCUAUGGUUUUCCCUUCCAGUAGUAGCCCUCCGAGCCCGUCUACUGAGAGUAGUAUGUCACCAGAAACUGCAAAGGUUCCGUCGGUUAAUGACGAGUCGGGUUCAAGGUCCUUGUAUGAGGUUGGGGUCAUUUUGAGUGGGUUGGUGGGUGGGGCUGCCCUGGCUUUGGCAAUAUAAAUGAGUACUCCUCCACUAAUUUUCUGUUUUCACAUAAUUAUUGUUAUUAUUGUUGUUAUUUUGUUAUAUAUUUUAAGAUUUCCAUUCCAUCAA